AUGAGGAGAGGAGAGGAGAUGAGGUGGAGAGGAGAGGAGAGGAGAGGAGAGGAGAGGAGAGGAGAGGAGAGGAGAGAGGAGAGGAGAGGAGGAGAGGAGAGGAGAGGAGAGGAGAGGAGAGGAGAGGAGAGGAGAGAGUGUGAGGUGAGGAAGGGAGGUGAGGAGAGGAGAGGAGAGUAAGGGAGGUGAGGAGAGGAGAGGAAGAGAGGAGAGGAAGUGAGGUGAGGAGAGGAGAGGAAGGGAGGUGAGGAGAAGAGAGGAAGGGAGGUGAGGAGAGGAGAGGAAGAGAGGUGAGGAGGAGUGGUCUAAGGCACUGCAUCGCAGUGCUAACUGUGCCACUAGAGAUCCUGGUUCGUAUCCAGGCUCUGUCGCAGCCGGCCGCGACCGGGAGACUCAUGGGCGGCGCACAAUUGGCCCAGCGUCGUCCAGGGUAGGGGAGGGAAUGGCCGGCAGGGAUGUAGCUCAGUUGAUAGAGCAUGGCGUUUGCAACGCCAGGGUUGUGGGUGGGUUCAAUUCCCACUGGGGGCCAGUAUAAAAAAAAUAUAUAUGUAUUCACUAACUGUAAGUCGCUCUGGAUAAGAGCGUCUGCUAAAUGACUAAAAUGUAAAUGUAAAUGAGAGGAGAGGAGAGGAAGGGAGGUGAGGAGAGAAAUAGAGGUGAGGAGAGGAGUUGAAAAGAGCAGUGGACAUUAUCUCUCCAUUGCAAAGAUGAGUGUGACAUUCUCCAUGAAUGCUCCUCCAGAAAUGAGACUUUCCAAAACUGCACCCUAUAUAGUGCACUAUAGUCCAUAGGGCUCUGGUCAAAAGUAGUGCACUAUAUAGGGAACAGGAUGCCAUUUGGGACACAUCCUCUCCCUGCCAGCCACCCAGUCGCUUCUUCUUGAAAUUCAUACUUUAGUGCAUUUGUCUCUCUGAGAGCUGGUGGUGUAAUUUGAUUUGUGUGCCUGGCCAUCCUGCCAUUCUCUGGGCCUGCAGUGUAACCAUUCCCCACUGCAGUGCAGCCUAGAGAUAGUUCCGCAAAUAGAGGGUUUUAAAGUAUAUUUUCUGGAUGGCUUUUCCUGAGUGACUUAAAGAAGAAGAAGGCUAUUGUGUUCCUUUUCUCUUUGGUUUAAAUAUAGAAACCCUUUUCUUUUCCGUUUAAGAUUUUUUUUUGGGGGGGGGGUAAGAGUUUUGGGUAUUUUUUGUUUUUAAAUAGAGAAAAUAUGUUAUAGUCUUUCCAUCACAAUAACUUGUUUGUUUGUGGGGUAGAACUGAACUAGCUAUUCUCAGCACUGAAUAACAUGUCUGUUACCUCUGUAAGCCAUCUGAAGAUGUGUUGUUAGACGAGGGGGAGGUUGUGUUGUUAGACAAGGGGAAGGUUGUGUUGUUAGACACGGGGAAGGUUGUGUUGUUAGACAAGGGGAAGGUUGUGUUGUUAGACAAGGGGAAGGUUGUGUUGUUAGACAAGGGGAAGGUUGUGUUGUUAGACACGGGGAAGGUUGUGUUGUUAGACUAGGGGAAGGUUGUGUUGUUAGAAUAGGGGAAGGUUGUGUUGUUAGACAAGGGGAAGGUUGUGUUGUUAGACAAGGGGAAGGUUGUGUUGUUAGACAAGGGGAAGGUUGUGUUGUUAGACAAGGGGAAGGUUGUGUUGUUAGACAAGGGGAAGGUUGUGUUGUUAGACACGGGGAAGGUUGUGUUGUUAGACAAGGGGAAGUUUGUGUUGUUAGACAAGGGGAAGAUUGUGUUGUUAGACACGGGGAAGGUUGUGUUGUUAGACAAGGGGAAGGUUGUGUUGUUAGACAAGGGGAAGGUUGUGUUGUUAGACUAGGGGAAGGUUGUGUUGUUAGAAUAGGGGAAGGUUGUGUUGUUAGACAAGGGGAAGGUUGUGUUGUUAGACAAGGGGAAGGUUGUGUUGUUAGACACGGGGAAGGUUGUGUUGUUAGACAAGGGGAAUGUUGUGUUGUUAGACAAGGGGAAGGUUGUGUUGUUAGACUAGGGGAAGGUUGUGUUGUUAGACAAGGGGAAGGUUGUAUUGUUAGACAAGGGAAGAUUGUGUUGUUAGACGAGGGGAAGGUUGUGUUGUUAGACAAGGGGAAGGUUGUGUUGUUAGACAUGGGGAAGGUUGUGUUGUUAGACAAGGGGAAGGUUGUGUUGUUAGAUAGGGGAAGGUUGUGUUGUUAGACAAGGGGAAGGUUGUGUUGUUAGACAAGGGGAAGGUUGUGUUGUUAGAUAGGGGAAGGUUGUGUUGUUAGACAAGGGGAAGGUUGUGUUGUUAGACAAGGGGAAGGUUGUGUUGUUAGACAAGGGGAAGGUUGUGUUGUUAGACAAGGGGAAGGUUGUGUUGUUAGACACGGGGAAGGUUGUGUUGUUAGACAAGGGGAAGGUUGUGUUGUUAGAAUAGGGGAAUGUUGUGUUGUUAGACAAGGGGAAGGUUAAGUUGUUAGACAAGGGGAAGGUUGUGUUGUUAGACAAGGGGAAAGUUGUGUUGUUAGAAUAGGGGAAGGUUGUGUUGUUAGACAAAGGGAAGGUUGUAGACGGGUGUUACAAAUAUCUGCUAUAAAAAUUAUAGUGGUUUGGUACUGUAUGAAUAUUUAAAACAUGAAUGUGGUCGGUUAUGAUAAAAAAUGUGUACAACAUUUUAUGAACCGAUGUGACAUGACAAUUAUUAUGCUUAAACCGCCAAUCCGCAGUUGCUACAUCAAUUUUUGGAUUGAUAAAUUACUGAUAUUUGCUAGAGGCCGACCGAUAUGGGAUUUUUGGGUCCGAUAGUUACCGUAUACAGUGCAUUCGGAAAGUAUUCAGACCCCUUGAAUUUUUCCACAUUUUGUUACGUUACAGCCUUAUUCUAAAAUGGAUUACAUUAGUUUUUUUCCUCAUCAAUCUACACACAAUACAUUUACAUUUUAGUCAUUUAGCUUAAUGACAAAGCAAAAACAAUUUAUAUAUAAAAAACUGAAAUAUCACAUUUACAUAAGUAUUCAGACCCUUUACUCAGUACUUUGUUGAAGCACCUUUGGCAGGGAUUACAGCCUCGAGUCUUCUUGGGUAUGACGCUACAAGCUUGGCACACCUGUAUUUGGGGAGUUUCUCCCAUUCUUCUCUGCAGAUCCUCUCAAACUCUGUCAGGUUGGAUGGGGAACGUUGCUGCACAGCUAUUUUCAGGUCUCUCCAGAGAUGUUCGAUCGGGUUCAAGUCCGGGCUCUGGCUGGGCCACUCAAGGACAUUCAGAGACUUGUCCCAAAGCCACUCCUGCAUUGUCUUGGCUGUGUGCUUAGGGUUGUUGUCCUGUUGGAAGGCGAACCUUCACCCCAGUCUGAGGUCCUGAGCGCUCUGGAGCAGGUUUUUAUCAAGGAUCUCUCUGUACUUUGCUCCGUUCAUCUUUGCCUCGAUCCUGACUAGUCUCCCAGUCCCUGCCGCUGGAAAACAUCCCCACAACAUGAUGCUGCCACCACAAUGCUUCACCAUAUGGAUGGUGCCAGGUUUCCUUCAGGCGUGACGCUUGGCAUCCAGGCCAAAGAGUUCAAUCUUGGUUUCAUCAGACCAGAGAGUCUUGUUUCUCAUGGUCUGAGAGUCCUUUAGGUGCCUUUUGGAAAACUCCAAGCGGGCUGUCAUGUGCCUUUUACUGAGGAGUCGCUUCCGUCUGGCCACUCUACAAUAAAGGCCUGAUUGGCGGAGUGCUGCAGAGAUGGUUGUCCUUCUGGAAGGUUCUCCCAUCUCCACAUAGGAUCUCUGGAGCUCUGUCAGAAUGACCAUCGGGUUCUUGGUCACCUCCCUGACCAAAGCCCUUCUCCCCCGUUUGCUCAGUUUGGCCGGGCAGCCAGCUCUAGGAAGAGUCUUGGUGGUUCCAAACUUCUUCCGUUUAAGAAUGAUGGAGGCCACUGUGUUCUUGGGGACCUUCAAUGCUGCAGACAUUUUUUGGUACCCUUCCCCAGAUCUGUGCCUCGACACAAUCCUGUCUCGGAGCUCUGCUGACAAUUCUUUCAUCCUCAUGGCUUGGUUUAUUCUCUGACAUGCACUGUCAACUGUGGGACCUUAUAUAUAUUCACUGCGUCCCGAGUGGCACAGUGGUCUAAGGCGCUGCAUCGCAGUGCUAGCUGUGCCACUAGAGAUCCUGGUUUGAAUCCAGGCUCUGUCGUAGCCGACCGCGACCGGGAGACCCAUGGGGCGGCGCACAAUUGGCCCAGCGUCGUCCAGUGUAGGGGAGGGAAUGGCCGGCAGGGGAUGUAGAGUAUGGUGUUUGCAACGCCAGGGUUGUGGGUUCGAUCCCCAUGGGGGGCCAGCAUGAAAAAAAUAAUAAUAUUAUAAUGUAUGCACUAAUUGUAAGUCACUCUGGAUAAGAGCGUCUACUAAAUGACGUAAAUGUUAAUAUAGUGUGUGCCUUUCCAAAUCACGUCCAAUCAAUUGAAUUUACCACAGGUGGACUCCAAUCAAGUUGUAGAAAAAUCUCAAGGAUGAUCAAUGGAAACAGGAUGCACCUGAGCUCAAUUUCGAAUCUCAUAGCAAAGGGUCUGAAUACUAAUGUAAAUAAGGUAUUUCUGUUUUUAUUUAACACAUUUGCUUAAAUUUCUAAGAACCUGUUUUUCGCUUUGUCAUUAUUGGUUAUUGUGUGUAGAUUGAUGAGGGGGAAAAAAUUAUUUAAUACAUUUUUGAAUAAGGCUGUAACGUAACAAAAUGUGGAAAAAGGGAAGGGGUCUGUAUACUUUCCGAAUGCACCGUAUCUGCCAAUAUAUGUUUUUUUAGAGGUGGAAUGAAAAACGUACCUUUUUAUCACAAAGGAUUAUCAGGGACUCUAAAUCAGGGAUGUCUCCAUGGAGAUCCGAGUGUCUGCAGGUUUUUUUUUUUUCUUCUUUCAAUUAAGAUCUAGACAACCAGGUAAGGGGAGUUCCUUACUAAUUAGUGACCUUAAUUCAUCAAUCAAGUACAAGGGGUGGAGCGAAAACCCGCACUCGGCCCUCCGUGGAAUGAGUUUGACACACGUGCUCUAAAUGGUGAUUUCUUAACUUAAAUAUUACAAUUAACAUUAUUUCAGAACAAUUUGUGGUUUACAUGAUUACCACCAAAAAGCUAAUAUAUCCUCUAUAAGUUAAAAAUAAAAUAAAAAAAUGUACAAGUACCUUCUUAGGUACAACUUAAAGAUGUGUCUAUCUACGGCUAGAUAAGAUAAGAAUGCAGAAGUGUUUGUGUUGAAGCACGUUUGUUUUGGCUUACGGGCGGAAUGAUGUUCAAUGAGCAGCUCUUAGAGCGCCCUCUUCAGGCAACCAUUGAAAAACUCAAAAAAAUAAAAAUAAAUCAGCUCAUUCUAUGUAUAUAAUAUUGAUGCUUUAUUUGUGUAAUAAAGACUGAUACUGAUAUUGAUAUUGCUGUGAAAGGCUAAUAUCUGCCGAUAAUAUCGGUCAACCUAUUUGUCCUUCGGGCUCUAAUAUGUACCCAUUGAUUCUUGAAGAAUAUGACUUAUUAUUGCCCCAUGAGCUUAGUUCAACUGUAGAACCCUGUCAGAACCCAAAAUAGAACUUGUUCUACUCCAAUGUUUGUAAACAAAGUAAAUGUAAACAAACACUACAUAGCCUCAAAACACGGUGAAAACGAUCAUGUUGAUAUCAUGUAUGGUCAGUCCUUACAUCCAUAGCUCUGUCUAUGAAUUGGAGAGUGGUUACAUUUCUCCAGCCCAAUCCCUCAGCUUUUUACCAAAACACAGGCUUUGGUAUUGUUUCAACUGCUGAUUGCUGCUUUAAAGGGAGAGCUUUUGACACGGUUCAAAUGUAGAUAUUGAAUUUUGAAGUCAGAAACACUUUUUGGUAAGAAGACAACUUAUUUGAAACAGGGAGAAUGCUUUGUUAUUGUCUGCCGCUUUAAAAUAUAAAAAAAACGAUAUAAUUUAGCUGAAAAAAUUACUUGUCGUCAUUCUUUGUCAUUCCUAUCACACAAUAAUGUACCUUGUGGAAAUUCAGUUAAAUAAGGCAUCUUCUUUCAUAAUGGUGCAAGGUGUCUACCCUCAAAUUCUGAAUAACAUACAGGACAUUUUGACAAACCUUUUUUAUAAAUCCACAAAUCUACUUGUGGGACAUCCUGAGAUCACAUGUUUCAUUAUGAUUUUUUAAUCUUUUUCCCAUGGAGAGUCUGAUUUUUUUAUAUUUUUUUAAUAUAUUGGAUCAAAUAUAUAAAAAAACAAUGUUAUUGUUAUUGAGCGAUAUUAUAUACUUCAAAUAAGAACAUUGCUCCAUUAAGCAACAUUGUGCUGUAAAAUGUUAGCGGAGCGCGAUAGUAGCUUUUCAAUCGGUGACGUCUGAGACCUUGAAGUAGUUGUUUCCCUUGCAAGGGCCGCGGCUUUUGUGGAGCGAUACUUAACGAUGCUUCGAGGGUGACAGUUGUCGAUGUGUGCCUGUUGUCGAGGUGUGUGUGUGUGGGGGGGGGGGGUUGCUCAACAAGCGUCUGAGGGUCAGUAGACCUCAAGGAUGCUAAUUUUCACAUCAGAGUUUAUCCUGCACACAGGGCAUAGCCUACGGAUAUAUCACCUUACCAUUCGGUCUGUCCCUGGCCCCAUGGGCAUCAACUGGUUGAUCUGCACAGACACUCGGACUCAGACAGCUGUUGUCACACCUGUUCGCUGUGGGCUUCAGGAUGAAUCGUGUCAUAAAGCUCGCUCUUACCGACCCAGCAGCAAAUCUAUGGAUUGUCUCUGUGGAUUGUAACCUGUUGAGCAGCCCUCACCGAGGAGAGAGCGAAGGCUUUCGCCACUGUCUCUGUGUUUCGCCUGGCAACAUCGGUCACAUACUGGAUGUUUGUCUGAGGCGUCUUGGGCUCAUGGCCUCCAUGAUUGUGGUAGUCCAUGAUUGUGGUAGUCCAUGAUUGUGGUAGUCCAUGAUUGUGGUAGUCCAUGAUUGUGGUAGUCCAUGAUUGUGGUAGUCCAUGAUUGUGGUAGUCCAUGAUUGUGGUAGUCCAUGAUUGUGGUAGUCCAUGAUUGUGGUAGUCCAUGAUUGUGGUAGUCCAUGAUUGUGGUUGUCCAUGAUUGUGGUAGUCCAUGAUUGUGGUAGUCCAUGAUUGUGGUAGUCCAUGAUUGUGGUAGUCCAUGAUUGUGGUAGUCCAUGAUUGUGGUUGUCCCGCUUGGCCUCCUCCUCAUGAAAGUCUUCCAGCGUUGGGUGACCUCACUUGAACCCAUCUCUCCACCGGCACUACUGCGACAAAGAUCUUGUUAUGGAGCGAGCAGCGAACAUCUGUUGUUUCUCAGAGCAACACAUGUGCCAGGCAGACUAAACUCAGGUGCGGAUUUACCGUCGCUGGGGAACCCCCUACCAGGGGAGUGGCGACUUCAUCCCAAAGUCGUUACGGCAGAGCUGACGUCGAUCUGUACGCUGUCGCCUGUUCCACAACAUCCCUCUGGGCGAAGACACGCUGACCUAAAAGUGGUCAGAUGUGCUUCUGAAUGGAAGUGAACGGUACUAUACUCUUUCAGAGAACCAGGGUUACAUACCGUAACUCAUAGAUUUAUGUUUGCACAAUAAUUUACAGUGUACAGAAUUAUAUAUUUUUAUGCUUUCAGAAAUCAUGUACGUUUACCAAGAAGAAAUUGAAAAGGAGAUAUUACAAAGUUGAAGGCUGCUUAAAGAAAAUCAAUAACCUUUCUGGUGUUGAUUAAAACGUUGGGAAGCGUAAAACCAACGACUUGAUUUGUAUAACAAAUCAAUAUUCUCAUUUGUCCUUCUCCGUUGUACUUUCCACACUUUCCAUGUACUACUUCAUAGCCACACGCACACAGACACGCAUACGAACACGCACACAGACACGCAUACGAACACGCACACAGACACGCAUACGAACACGCACACACUCCCCCCCUCCGCCUUCAAUCAACUGAUGGGUUUGCUUCUCUUUGUCUUCUGUGCCCUCUCUUCUCUGUUCCUUUGAUCAUCAUCUACCCUCUAAGGAUUAUUAAAAGCAGAUGGAGAAUAACAUCCUCAUGAUCUUCUGCGUUCUAAAAGGGUUAUUUUUCAAAAAGCAAACGGUAUGUUUUUUUUUAAACUCUCGUAAGGAAAUUCUGAGCUCUCUCGAAAAAAGGAGAGGCAGAAAGGAGAGAGAGAAAAAGGAGAGAGGAGGAGAGAGAAGAGAGAAGAAAAGGGGGGAGGAGGGGAGAGGAGGAGAGAGAGAAGGAGGAGAAGAGGGGAGAAGAAAAGAGGGAGAGCGAGAAAACCAGGAGAAGGAAGGCGGAGAGGCGCGAGGCGAGGGGAAAGAGAGCCGGGGGAGAGAGGCGAGAGAAGAGGAGAGAGGGGGAAGAAGUGCAGAGGAGCGAGGGAGGAGGGAGGGAGGAAAAAGGAAGAGAGAAGGACAGGGCGGCAGCGAACGAAAAAGGGGGGGAGAGAGACCCCGGGACAGCGCGAGGGGCCGCGCAGCUCGCUCUCGGGCAAGCCCGGCCGAAGGUUUUCUUAACUCUUCUACUCCCCCCUAAACUCUCUUCUCAGCUCCCCUUCUCUUUUCCCUCCCCUCUUUCAUUCCCCUCUCCUCCCUCCUCUCUUUCUCUCUUCCCCAUCUCUCUCUCUGAUUUCAGUCAUGUCUUGGUAAGACCAAUUUUCCCGAGAACCUUGAUUUUUGUUUACAUUGCCAACACGUGUAGUCAUCACACUGAUUAAUUGUAAUAGCUUGAUUAUUGGAUGGUUUAUGAGGAUUAACACUGAUUUCAACUGGGGGAUUUUCAUUGCAAUUUUAUUCAUCAGACAAAUCUAAAUGAAUUGAAAUCAAACACUGUUGAGUUGAACAGUACAUUUACUAUUAAUCGUCACAUAUUUUGUAUGCUCUUGUGGCUCCUGUUGAUACUUGAUUGUCAUUUCUGUGGCAUCCCGAUUAGAAACAGAAUAAGAGCGUCCAGUCCUCCUGAAUGUUAAUAGUCCAGCCCCUCCCUCCAGAAUGUUAAUAGUUAGUCCUCUCCCUCCAGAAUGUAAUUUUGUUUAAAAGUUUUUCCUCUCCCUCCAGAAUGUUAAUAGUCCAGUCCUCUCCCUCGAGAAUGUUAAGAGUCCAGUCCUCUCCCUCGAGAAUAUUAAUAGUCCAGUCCUCUCUCUCCAGAAUGUUAAUAGUUAGUCCUCUCCCUCCAGAAUGUUAAUAGUCCUGUCCGCUCCCUCGAGAAUGUUAAUAGUCCUGUCCUCUCCCUCGAGAAUGUUAAUAGUCCAGUCCUCUCCCUCCAGAAUGUUAAUAGUUAGUCCUCUCCCUCCAGAAUGUUAAUAGUUAGGCCUCUCCCUCCAGAAUGUUAAUAGUUAGUCCUCUCCCUCCAGAAUGUUAAUAGUCCAGUCCUCUCCCUCCAGAAUGUUAAUAGUCCAGACCUCUCCCUCCAGAAUGUUAAUAGUUACCCUCUCCUCCAAAAAGGAAUAGUUAGUCCCCCCCUCCAGAAGGGUUAAUAGUCCGUCCCUCUCCCCCAGAAUUUUAAGUUAGUCUCUCCUCAGAAGUUAUAGUGAUCCCUCCAGAAUGUUAGUCAGUCACUCUCCCCAGAAUGUUAAUGGUCAUCCUUUCCUCGAGAAUGUUAAUAGUUGGCCUCUCCUCCAGAUGUUAAUAGUUAGGCUCUCCUCCGAAGUUAUAGCAGUCCUCUCCUCCAGAAUGUUAAUGUAGAACUCAUCCAGAUGUUAAUAGUCAGUCAUCUCCAUCCAGAAUGUUAAUGUUAGUCCUCUCCUCCAGAUGUUAGUAGUUAGUCUUCUCCUCCAGAAUGUUAACAGUAGACUCUCCUCCAGAAUGUUAAUAGUUAGUCCUCUCCCCCCAGAAUGUUAAUAAUUAGUCCUCUCCCUCCAGAAUUUAAUAGUCCAGUCCUCCCCCAGAUGCUUAGUUGUCCUCCCUCCAGAAUAAUAGCCAGUCCUCUCCCCAGAAUGUUAAUAGUCAGUCCCCCUCCAAAUGUUAAUAUUCUAGGCCCUCCCUCAUAAUGUUAAAGUCCAGGCUCUCCUCAGAAUGUUAAUAGUAGCCCUCUCCUCCAGAAUGUUAAUAGUUAGUCAUCUCCCUCCAGAAUGUUAAUAGUUAGUCCUCUCCCUCCAGAAUGUUAACAGUCCAGUCCUCUCCCUCCAGAAUGUUAAUAGUAGACCUCCCUCCAGAAUGUAUAGUAGUCAUCUCUCCAGAGUAUAGCCUGUCCUCUCUCUCAGAAUUUUAAUAGUCCAGUCCUCUCCUCCAGAAUGUAAUAGUUUAGUCUCCCUCAGAAUGUAAGUUAGUCUCUCCCUCCAGAAGUUAAUAGUUAGGUCUCUCUCCAGAAGUUAUGUCAGUCUCUCCCUCCAAAAUUUUAAAAGCCAGUCCUCUCCCUCCAGAAUGUUAUAGUUGUUCUUCACUCCAGAAUGUAACAGUCCGCCCUCUCCUCCAGAAUGUUAAUAGUCCAGUCCUCUCCCUCCAGAAUGUUAAUAGUUAGUCCUCUCCCUCCAGAAUGUUAACAGUCCAGCCUCCCUCGAGUAAAUAGUUACCUCUCCUCCAGAAUGUUAAUAGUCCAGAUCCUCUCCCUCCAGAAUGUAAUAGUCCAGUCUCUCCUCCAGAAUGUUAAAGUUAGCCUCUCCCCCAGAAUGGUUAAAGUCCUCUCCCUCCAGAAUGUUAUUUGUCCAGUCGUCUCCCUCCAGAAUGUUAAUAGUUAGUCCUCUCCCUCCAGAAUGUUAUUAAUUAGGACUCUCCCUCCAGAAUGUUAAUAGUCCAGUCCUCUCCCUCCAGAAGGUUACUAGUCCAGUCCUCUCCAUCCAGAAUGUUAAUAAUUAGUCCUCUCCCUCCAGAAUGUUAAUAGUCCAGUCCUCUCCCUCCAGAUGCUAAUAGUUAGUUCUCUCCCUCCAGAAUGUUAAUAGUCCAGACCUCUCCCUCCAGAAUGUUAAUAGUCCAGUUCUCUCCCUCCAGAAUGUUAAUAUUCCAGUCCUCUCCCUCCAUAAUGUUAACAGUCCAGGCCUCUCCCUCCAGAAUGUUAAAGUAGCCUCUCCCUCCAAAUGUUAAUUAGUCUCUCCCUCCAGAAUGUUAAUAGUUAGUCCUCUCCCUCCAGAAUGUUAACAGUCCAGUCCUCUCCCUCCAGAUUGUUAAUAGUUAGUCCUCUCCCUCCAGAAUGUUAAUAGUAAGUCCUCCCUCAGAAUGUUAAUAGUACGCCUCUCCUCCAGAAUGUUAAUAGUCCAGUCCUCCCCCAGAAUUUAUAGUCCAUCCUCUCCCUCCAGAAUGUUAAUAGUCCAGUCCUUCCCUCCGAAUUAUAGUUAUCUCUCCCUCCAGAAUGUUAAUAGUCCAGUCCACUCCCUCCAGAAUGCUAAUAGUUAGUCCUCUCCCUCCAGAAUGUUAAUAGUCCAGUCCUCUCCCUCCAGAAUGUUAAUAGUCCAGUCCUCUCCCUCCAGAAUGUCAAUAUUCCAGUCCUCUCCCUCCAUAAUUUUAACAGUCAGGCCUCUCCCUCCAGAAUGUUAAUAGUUAGCCCUCUCCCUCCAGAAUGUUAAAGGUAGUCAUCAUCCUCCUAAGUUAAUAGUUCUCCUCUCCUCCAAAUGUUAACAGUCCAGUCCUCUCCCUCCAGAAUGUUAAUAGUUAGUCCUCUCCCUCCAGAAUGUUAAUAGUUAGUCAUCUCCCUCCAGAAUGUUAAUAGUCAGUCCUCUCUCUCCAGAAUGUUAAUAGUCCAGUCCUCUCCCUCCAGAAUGUUAAUAGUUAGACCUCUCCCUCAGAAUGUUAUAGUUAGUUCUCCCUCCAAUGUAACAGUUAGCCUCUCCCUCCCAAUGUUAAUAGUCCAGUCUCUCUCCCUCCGAAUGUUAAAGUUAGUCUUCUCCUCCAGAAUGUUAACAGUCCAGGCCUCUCCCUCCAGAAUGUAAAUAGUUAGACCUCUCCCUCCAGAAUGUUAAUAGUCCAGUCCUCUCCCUCCAGAAUGCUAAUAGUCUCCCUCCCCCAAUGUUAAUGUUAGGCCUCUCCCUCCAGACAAAAAGUCCAGUCCUCUCCCUCCAGAAUGAAAUUUCCGUCCCCUCCAGAUGUAAUAGUAGUCCUCUCCCUCCAGAAUGUUUUUAAAGCUCUCCCUCCAGAAUGUUAAAGUCCAGCUCCCUCCGAAUGUUAUUUAGUCCAGUCCUCCCAUCCAGAUGUAACUCUAGCCUCUCCCUCCAGAAUGUUAAUAGUCCAGUCCUCUCCUCCAGAUAAUUAUGGUAGUCUCUCCCUCCAGAAUGUUAAUAGUCCAGCCCUCCCUCCAGAAUGUUAUAGUCCAGUUUCUCCCCUCCAGAAUGUUAAUUAUCCAGUCCUCCUCCCAAGUGUUAAGUCCAGGCCUCUCCCUCCAGAAGUUAAGUAGCCCCUCUCCCAGAAUGUUAAUAGUUAGUAUCUCCCUCCAGAAUGUUAAUAGUUGUCCUCCCUCCAGAAUUUAAAGUCAGUCCUCUCCCUCCAGAUGUUAAUAUUAGUCCUCCCUCCAGAAUGUUUAGUAAGUCUCUCCUCAGAAUGUUAAAUAUCCUCUCUCCAGAAUGUUAAUAGUCCAGCUUCCCUCCAGAAUUUAAAGUUAUUAACCUCCUCAGAAUAUAAUAGUCCAGUCCUCUCCUCAAAUGUUAAAGUCCAGUCUUUCCCUCCAGAAUGUUAAUAAGUAUCCUCUCCCUCCAAAAUUUUAAGUACCAGUCCAAUCCCUCCAGAAUGUAUAGUUCCUCUCCCUCCAGAAUGUUAAUAGUCCAGUGCCUCCCUUUUCCAGAAUGUUAAUAGUAGUCCUCCCCCAGAAUUCAAUAUUCCACUCCCCUAAUUAACAGUCCAGGCCUCUCCUCCAGAAUGUUAAAGUAGCCCUCCCCUCCAGAAUGUUAAUAGGUAGUCAUUCCAUAAAGAGUUAAUAGUUAUCUUCCCUCCAGAAUGUUAACAGUCAGUCCUCUCCCUCCAGAAGGUUAAUAGUCAGCCUCCCCCAAAUGUUAAUAGUUAUCCUCUCCUCCAGAAAUGUAGUAUCCCUCAGUGUCCUCUCUUUCCAGAAUGUUAAUAGUCCAGUCCUCUCCCUCCAGAAUGUUAAUAGUUAGACCUCUCCCUCCAGAAUGUUAAGUAGUCCCAGUCCCUCCAGAAUUUAAAGAGGCUCUUCAGAAGUAUAGUCCAGUCCUUCCCUCCAGAAUGUUAUAAUAUCCGCUCCUACAGAAUGUUAAGUCAAGUAUUAGUCCCUCCUCCAGAAUGUAAUAGUUAGUCCUCUCCCUCCAGAAUGUUAACAGUCCAGACCUCUCCCUCCAGAAUGUUAAUAGUUAGUCCUCUCCCUCCAGAAUGUUAAUAGUUAGUCCUCUCCCUCCAGAAUGUUAAUAGAGGCCUCUCCCUCCAGAAUGUUAAUAGUCCUCUCCCUCCAGAAUGUUAAUAGUACCACCUCUCCCCCCAGAAUGUUAAUAGUCCAGCCUCUCCCCCCAUAAUUUUAAAGUAUCCUCCCUCAGAAUUUAAUAUAUGCCUUUAGCAAAAAGUUUUAUCAAAGCGACUUAUAGUCAUGCGUGCUAAUUUUACGUAGGGGGGCCCAGUGGGAAUUGAACCCACGACCUUUGGCGUUGCAAGUGCCUUUACCUACCGCUGGCCACACGGACCGUCCCUACAUGGGGGCCAAAAACCUAGGACCCGGGGGCCCCCUUUUCCCCUCCUCAAAUUCCCCCCUACCGCCCCCCCUUCCUUUUCCACCUCCUCCCCCUUCCUCCUCUCCCACCCCCUCCUCCUCCUCUCACCCCCCACCCCCCCUUCCCUCCCCACCUCUCCUCCCCUUCCUCUCCCCCUCUUCCCCUCCUCCUCCCCCUCCUCCCCCCUCCUCCUUCCCCCAGGGGCAGAAAAUGGUGGGGGGGUGUGUGUGUCCCCUGGAAAAGGGGAAAUUUGGGCCCCUGGCACCAGCAAUAGGUGGUAAAGGUUGACUUCCAGAGAAAGGGAUGAAGCUUUACAUGGAAAGGGGAAAAGAUCCCCUUACCCCGAGCUCUGGUUUCUAGGGUGCUCGCCCCCCCUAGAAAAGAGGGGGGGGGGGAGAGGGACUAGGAGGGAAAAAGAGAAUGGGAAAGAAAAAAAGGGGGGGGGGGGGGGUUGGGGGGGAGGGGGGGGAGAAAUGAGAAAGGGAAAAGGGGGAGGGGGAAAGAAGAGAGGGGGAAAGAGAGGAAGGAAAAGAGAAGAAAGGAAAGAGGAGAACGAGGAAAAGGGGGAGGAGAUUUUAGGCGCUGGGAGAGCGAUAGAGAAAUCGAAAUUAGAGAAAUGACGGGUAAAAUAAGGAUGAUAUCCCCCAAGGAGUGGGGAGAGGAAGAGAGGGGAAGAAGAGGCGAGGAGAAAUUAAAAUAGAGAUAUGAUGGUUAAUGGAAGGGGAUAAAUGCCCAUACAGCGAGACUAUCACCACAGGUCUGGAGGGAGAUAUGUCCCAUACAGAAGACUAUCACCACCGGGUUUCUGGAGGGAUGAUGUGUCCCAUACAGAGAGACUAUCACCAGGUCUGGAGGGAUAAAUGUGUCCCAUACAGAGAGACUAUCACCACCAGGUCUGGGGGGAUAUGUGUCCCAUACAGAGAGACUAUCACCCCAGGUCGGGAGGAGAUAUGUCCCAUACAGAGAGACUAUCACCAGUAAGCUGGAGGGAUGAUAUGUCCCAUACAGGGGACUAUCGCCAGUAGGCUGGAGGGAUGAUAUGUCCCCAUACAGAGAGACUAUCACCAAAAAGCCUGGAGGGAUGAUAUGUCCCAUACAGAGAGACUAUCACCCCAGGUCUGGAGGAUGAUAUGUCCAUACAGAGAGACUAUCACCAGAAAGCCUGGAGGGAUGAUAGGGUCCCAUACAGAGAGACUAUCACCAGUAGGUCUGGAGGGAUGAUAUGUCCCAUACAGAGAGAUAUCACCAGUAAGCCUGGAGGGAUGAUAUGUCCCAUACAGAGAGACUAUCACCCCCAGAUCUGGAGGGAUGAUAUGUCCCAUACAGAGAGACUAUCACCAGUAGUCUGGAGGAUGAUAUGUCACAUACAGAGAGACUAUCAUCAGUAAGCUGGAGGGAUGAUAUGUCCCAUAAAAGAGAGACUAUCACCAGUAGGCUGGAGGAUGAUAUGUCCCAUAGAGAGAGACUUCACCAGUAGGUCUGGAGGAUGAUAUGUCCAUACAGCGAGAUAUCACCACCAGGUCUGGAGGGAUGAUAUGUCCCAUACAAGGAGGAUAUCACCUGUAAGCCUGGAGGGAUGAUAUGUAAUACGAGAGACUAUCACCCCCAGGUUGGAGGGAUGAUAUGUCCCAUACAGAGAGACUAUCACCAGUAAGCCGGGAGGGAUGAUAUGUCCCAUACAGAGAGACUAUCACCAGUAGGUUUUGAGGGAUGAUAUGUCCCAUACAGAGAGAUUAUCACCAGUAACCCUGGGGGGAUGAUAUGUCCCAUACAGAGAGACUAUCACCCCAGGUCUGGAGGGAUGAUAUGUCCCAUACGAGAGACUAUCAUCAGAAAGGGCGGAGGGAUGAUAUUUUCCCAUACAGAGAGACAUCACCAGUGGUCUGGAGGGAUGAUAGUCCCAUACAGAGAGACUAUCACCAGUAAGCCUGGAGGGAUGAUUUCCCAUACAGAGAUACUAUCACAGUAGGUCUGGAGGGAUGAUAUGUCCCAUACAGAGAGACUAUCCCCAGUAGGUCUGGAGGGAUGAUAUGUCCCAUACGCGAGACUAUCACCACAGGUCUGGAGGGAUGAUAUGUCCCAUACAGAGAGACUAUCACCAGAAGCCUGGAGGGAUGAUAUGUCCCAUACAGAGAGACUAUCACCACCAGGUCUGGAGGGUUUGAUUGUCCCAUACAGAGAGACUAUCACCUGUAAGCCUGGAGGAUAAUAUUCCCAUACAGAGAUACUAUCACCAGAGGUUCUGGAGGGAUGAUAUGUUCCCAUACAGAGAGACUAUCACCAAUAAGCCUGGAGGGAUGAUAUGUCCCAUACGAGAGACUUCACCAGUAGGUCGGGAGGUUUAUAUGUCCCAUACAGAGAGACUAUCACCAGAGCUGGGGGGAUGAUAUGUCCCAUACAGAGAGACUAUCACCCCAGGUCUGGAGGGAUGAUAUGUCCCAUACAGAGAGACUAUCACCAGUAGGUCUGGAGGAUGAAUGUCCCAUACAGAGAGACUACCCACAGUAAGCCUGGAGGGAUGAUAUGUCCCAUACAGAGAGACUAUCACCCCAGGUCUGGAGGGAUGAUAUGUCUCAUACAGGAGACUAUCACCAGUAAGCCUGGAGGGUUUAUAUGUCCCAUAAAAGAGAGACUAUCACCACCAGUCUGGAGGGAUGAUAUGUCCAUACAGAGAACUAUCCGGGUACCCUGGAGGGAUGAUAUGUCCCAUACAGAGAGACUAUCACCCCAGGUCUGGAGGGAUGAUAGUCCCAUACAGAGAGACUAUCACCAAUAGGCUGGGGGGGGAUGAUUGUCCAUACAGGGGAGACUAUCACCCCCAGGUCUGGAGGGAUGAUAUGUCCCAUACAGAGAGACAUCACCACCCGGUCUGGAGGGAUGAUAUGUCCCAUACAGGAGACUAUCACCAGUAAGCCUGGAGGGUUUGAAUGUCCCAUACAGGAGACUAUCACCACCAGGUCUGGAGGGAUGAGUGUCCCAUACAGAGAGACUAUCCCCACCAGGUCUGGGGGGAUGAUAUGUCCCAUACAGAGAGACUAUCACACCGGUCUGGAGGGAUGAUAUGUCCAUACAGAGAGACUAUCACCAGAAAGCCUGGGGGGGAUGAAUGUCCCAUACAGCGAGACUAUCACCACCAGGUCUGGAGGGAUGAUAUGUCCCAUACAGAGAGACUAUCCCCAGUAGGUCUGGAGGGAUAAAUAUGUCCCAUACAGCGAGACUAUCACCAGUAAGCCUGGAGGAUGAUUGUCCCAUACAGCGAGACUAUCACCACCAGGUCUGGAGGGAUGAUAUGUCCCUACAGAGGAGACUAUCACCAGAAGCCUGGAGGGAUGAUAUGUCCCAACAGAGAGACUAUCCCCAGUAGGUCUGAGGGAUGAUAUGUCCCAACAGCGAGACUACACCGUAAGCCUGGAGGGAUGAUAUGCCCCAUACAGCGAGACUAUCACCCCAGGUCUAGAGGGAUGUAUGUCCCAUACAGCGAAAACUAUCACCCCCAGGUCUAGAGGGAUGAUAUGUCCCAUACAGAGAGACUAUCACCAGUAGGUUGGAGGAAUGAUAUGUCCCAUACAGAGAGACAUCACCUGUCAGCCUGGAGGGAUGAUAUGUCCCUACAGAGAGACUAUCACCAGAAAGCCUGGAGGGAUGAUAUGUCCCAUACAGAGAGACUAUCACCCCCAGGUUAGAGGGAUGAUUGUCCCUACAGCGAGACUAUCACCACCAGGUCUGGAGGGAUGAUAUGUCCCAUACAGCGAGACUAUCCCCCCCCAGGUCUGGAGGGAUGAUAUGUCCAUACAGAGAGACUAUCACCAGUAAGCCUGGAGGGAUGAUAUGUCCCAUACAGAGAGACUAUCACCACCAGGUCUGGGGGGAUGAUGUGCCCCAUCAGAGAGACUAUCACCACCAGGUCUGGAGGGAUGAUAGUCCCAUACAGAGAGCUUCACCACCAGGUCUGGAGGGAUGAUAUGUCCCAUAAAGAGACUAUCACCAGUAAGCCUGGAGGGAUGAUAUGUCCCAUACAGCGAGACUAUACCACCAGGUCUGGAGGGAUGAUAUGCCCCAUACAGAGAGACUAUCACCAGUAAGCCUGGAGGGAUGAUGUCCCAUACAGAGAGACAUCACCACAGGUCUGGAGGGAUGAUAUGUCCCUACAGAGAGACUAUAAACCUGAAAGCCUGGAGGGAUAAUAUGUCCAUACAGAGAUACUAUCACCAGUAGGUCUGGAGGAUGAUAUGUCCCAUACAGAGAGACUAUCCCCAAAUAAGCCUGGAGGGAUGAUAUGUCCCAUACAGGAGACUAUCACCAGUAGGUCUGGGGAUGAUAUGUCCCAUACAGAGAGACUAUCACCAGUAGCUGGAGGGAUGAUAUGUCCCAUACAGAGAGACUAAUCCCACCAGGUCUGGAGGAUGAUAUGUCCCAUACGGGAAGACUAUCACCAGUAGGUCUGGGGGAUGAUAUGCCCUACGAGAGACUAUCCCAGUAACCUGGAGGGAUGAUAUGUCCCAUACAGAGAGACUAUCACCCCCAGGUCUGGAGGGAUGAUAUGUCCAUACAGCGAGACUAUCCCCAAAGUAAGCCUGGAGGGAUGAUAUUUUCCCAUACAGAGAGACUAUCACCAACAGGUCUGGAGGGAGAUAUGGUCCCAUACAGAGAGACUAUCACCAGUAGCCUGGAGGGAUGAUAUGCCCCAUACAGAGAGACUAUCACCCCAGGUCUGGGGGGAUGAUAUGGUCCCAACAGAGAGACUAUCACCAAUAGGCCUGGAGGAUGAUAUGUCCCAUACAGAGAGACUAUCACCACCAGGUCUGGAGGGAGGGAUAUGUCCCAUACAGAGAGACAUCACCCCAGGUCUGGAGGGAUGAUAUUCCCAAAAGAGAGACUAUCACCAGUAAGCCUGGAGGGAUGAUAUGUCCCAUACAGAGAGACUAUCACACCAGGUCUGGAGGAUAUGUCCAUACAGAGAGAUAUCACCACAGGUCUGGAGGGAUGAUAUGUCCCAUCAGAGAGACUAUCACCACAGGUUGGGGGGAUGAUAUGUCCCAUACAGGAGACUAUCACCAGUAACCCUGGGGGGUUUAAUAUGUCCCAUACAGCGAGACUAUCACCACCAGGUCUGGAGGGAUGAUAUGCCCAUACAGAGAGACUAUCCCAGUAGGCUGGGGGGAUGAUAUGUCCCUUUACAGCGAGACUAUCCCCAGAAAGGGCCUGGAGGGAUGAUAUGUCCCAUACAGCGAGACUAUCACCACCCAGGUCUGGAGGGAUGAUAUUUUCCCAUACGAGAGAUAUCACCAGAAGCCUGGAGGGAUGAUAUGUCCCAUACAGAGAGACUAUCACCAUAGGUCUGGAGGGAUGAUAUGUCCCAUACGCGAGACUAUCCCCAGUAAGCCUGGAGGAGAUAUGUCCCAUACAGCGAGCUAUCACCCCAGUUAGAGGGAUGAAGUCCUACAGCGAAUACACCCCAGGCUAGAGGAUGAUAUGUCCCAUACGAGAGACUAUCACCAGUAGGCUGGGGAAUGAUAUGUCCCAUACAGAGAGACAUCACCGAAACCCUGGAGGGAUGAUAUGUCCCAUACAGAGAGACUAUCACCAGUAAGCCUGGAGGGAUGAUAUGUCCCAUACAGAGAGACUAUCACCCCCGGGUUUCUAGAGGGAUGAUAUGUCCCAACAGCGAGACUAUCCACCGGGUCCUGGGGGGAUGAUAUGUCCCAUACAGCGAGACUAUCACCCCCGGGGUCGGGAGGAUGAUAUGUCCCACACAGAGAGACUAUCACCAGAACCCUGGAGGGAUGAUAUGUCCCAUACGAGAGACUAUCACCACCAGGUCUGGAGGGUUUGAUUGUCCCAUAAGAGAGACUAUCACCCCGGGUCUGGAGGGAUGAUAUGUCCCAUACAGAGAGACUAUCACCCCAGGUCUGGAGGGAUGAUAUGUCCAUACAGAGAACUAUCACCAGUAAGCCUGGAGGGAUGAUAUGUCCAAUAACGAGACUAUCCCCAAGGCUGGAGGGAUGAUAUGUCCCAUACAGAGAGACUAUCACCAGUAGUCUGGAGGGAUGAUAUGUCCCAUACAGCGAGACUAUCACCAGAAACCGGAGGAUGAUAUGUCCCAUACAGCGAAACUAUCACACAGGUUGAGGGAGAUAGUCCCACAGAGAGAAUCACGUAAGCCUGGAGGGAUGAUAUGUCCCAUACCAGAGAGACUAUCACCAGUAGGUCUGGAGGGGAUGAUAUGUUCCCAUACAGGCGAGAAUAUCCCCAGUCAGCCUGGAGGGAUUAUAUUCCCAUACAGACGAGACUAUCACCCCCAGGUCUAGAGGGUGAUAUGUCCCAUGACAGCGAGACAUAUCACCCCCAGGUCUAGAGGGAUGAUAUGUCCCAUACAGAGAGAAGCUAUCACCAGUAGGUCUGGAGGAAGGAUAUGUCCCAUACAGAGGAGACUAUCCCCUGUAAGCCUGGAGGGAUGAUUUUCCCAUACAGAAGAGACUAUCAACCAGUAAAGCCUGGAGGGAUGCUAUUUGGUCCCAAUACAGGGAGGACUAUCACCAAGUAAGCCUGGAGGAUGAUAUGUCCCAUACAGAGGAGGACUAUUCACCCCCAGGUCUGGAGGGGAUGAUAUGUCACAUACAGAGAGGACUAUCACCAGUAAGCUGGGGAGGGAGAAGGUCCCAUACCGAGAGAACUAUCACCCCAGUCUGGAGGGAUGAUAUGUCCCAUACAGAGAGACUAUCACCCAAUAGGCCGGAGGGAGAUAUGUCCAUACAGAGAGACUAUCACCACCAGGUCUGGAGGGAUGAUAUGUCCCAUACAGAGAGACUAUCACCCCCAGGUCUGGAGGGAUGAUAUGUCCCAUACAGAGAGACUAUCACCAGUAAGCCUGGAGGGAUGAUAUGUCCCAUACAGAGAGACUAUCACCACCAGGUCUGGAGGGAUGAUGUGUCCCAUACAGAGAGACUAUCACCACCAGGUCUGGAGGGAUGAUAUGUCCCAUACAGAGAGACUAUCACCACCAGGUCUAGAGGGAUGAUAUGUCCCAUACAGAGAGACUAUCACCACCAGGUCUAGAGGGAUGAUAUGUCCCAUACAGAGAGACUAUCACCAGUAAGCCUGGAGGGAUGAUAUGUCCCAUACAGAGAGACUAUCACCAGUAAGCCUGGAGGGAUGAUAUGUCCCAUACAGAGAGACUAUCACCCCCAGGUCUGGAGGGAUGAUAUGUCCCAUACAGCGAGACUAUCACCACCAGGUCUGGAGGGAUGAUAUGUCCCAUACAGAGAGACUAUCACCACCAGGUCUGGAGGGAUGAUAUGUCCCAUACAGAGAGACUAUCACCAGUAAGCCUGGAGGGAUGAUAUGUCCCAUACAGAGAGACUAUCACCCCCAGGUCUAGAGGGAUGAUAUGUCCCAUACAGAGAGACUAUCACCCCCAGGUCUAGAGGGAUGAUAUGUCCCAUACAGAGAGACUAUCACCAGUAAGCCUGGAGGGAUGAUAUGUCCCAUACAGAGAGACUAUCACCCCCAGGUCUGGAGGGAUGAUAUGUCCCAUACAGAGAGACUAUCACCACCAGGUCUGGAGGGAUGAUAUGUCCCAUACAGAGAGACUAUCACCCCCAGGUCUAGAGGGAUGAUAUGCCCCAUACAGAGAGACUAUCACCAGUAAGCCUGGAGGCUUUGCUGUUUGUGAUUGUGGUGCCGAGUAGGGAACGGAGAAGAUGUGUGCUUCUCUGUCAAGACUGUCCUUUUGAAAUCUCAGAAUGAACUGGCACAAUCUAACACAUACACACUGAUAAUGCCAGAGUAAACUAUAGGCUAUUUAAUUGGAAAAUGGGUUUGAAAGAAUAAACACAAUAAUUUGAAUUAAUCACACACACUCACACAUUCAUAGUGAGAUCCUCAUUCUUAUCUAUCGUUUACAUAUUUUUCAUAACUCUCCACAGAGCCAAUCCACGGUGCCAGGAAUCUAGAAGUCGUUGACGUCCAAUCUAAACAAGUCACCGUUCGCUGGGAGCCGUUCGGCUACAACGUUACGCGUUGCCAUAGCUACAACCUGACGGUGCAGUACCGGUCCCUCGUGGCGGGGAAGGACGAGACCCGGGAGGAGGUGUGUUACGACACCCUGGGUCGCGACCCCCAGCACACCAUCCACAACCUGACCCCUUACACCAACCUGUCAGUCAAACUGGUCCUCAAGAACCCAGAGGGGGUCAAAGAGAGCCCAGAGAUGGAGCUACAGACAGACGAGGACGGUAAGUGUUAUAAUACCUUAGAAUGGUUAUAACAUGUUUAUGAAGGGGGUCGAUGGAGAGCAGAGAUGGAGCUACAGACAGACGAGGACGGUAAGUGUUAUAAUACCUUAGAAUGGUUACAUAAUGGUGUAAUAAAGUGUCAAACUGGUCCUCAAGAACCCAAAGGGGGUCAAAGAGAGCCCAGAUAUGGAGCUAUAGACAGACAGACAGACAGACAGACAGACAGACAGACAGACAGACAGACAGACAGACAGACAGACAGACAGACAGACAGACAGACAGACAGACAGACAGACAGGCACAGUGCAAUCAAGUGUUAUUCUUAGAUUUAGCUGCAGACCGAUUAUCAUGUGUUGUAAUAUAAUGUGUUGAUGAGUCUUAAAGGGAUACUUCAGGAUGUUGACAAUGAGGCCCUUUGUCUUCUUCCCCAGAGUCAGAUAGACUCAUUGUCAACAUCCUGAAGUAUCCAUUUAACUGAGUUCACACUCUUCAGGUCGCAGGAAGCAAUUAUCUUGAAAUAUACACUACCGUUCAAAAGUUUGGGGUCACUUAGAAAUGUCCUUGUUUUCGAAAGAAAAGCAAAAAAAGGUGUCCAUUAAAAUAACAUCAAAAUUGAUCAGAAAUACAGUGUAGACAUUGUUAAUGUUGUAAAUGGCUAUUGUAGCUGGAAACGGCUGAUUUUUUAUGGAAUAUCUACAUAGGCGUACAGAGGCCCAUUAUCAGCAACCAUCAGGCCUGUGUUCCAAUGGCACGUUGUGUUUGCUAAUCCAAGUUUAUCAUUUUAAAAGGCUAAUUGAUCAUUUUGCAAUUAUGUUAGCACAUUUACAACAUUAGCAAUGUCUACACUGUAUUUCUGAUCAAUUUGAUGUUAUUUUAAUGGACAAAAAAAAUUGAUUUUCUUUCGAAAACAAGGAGAUUUCUAGGUGACCCCAAAACAAGUGAACGGUACUGUACAUAACUGUUAGCUUCAGGUUAACAUCAGUAGAACAGUUGAAUAGAGGUUACAGGUUAACAUCAGUAGAACAGUUUGAAAAAGGUAGGUUUUAAAGGUAACAUAGUACUAAAUGAGUUUGAAGAGAGGAUGACCAGAUAAAUUAUUUGUUAACAUUGUACUAAUGAUUACUUCUGUUUCAAGACGUCACAUGCCCUCAAAGACUGAUACGUCUCUCAGCCCCGGUUACCUAGUUCUUAACUUGGGUAGGAUACCUGAGGGUUUAGGACAGUAACUGUAUUACAAUGCCUCUCUAAAGACUGACUAGACGUCUCAAAGUCCCAGGAAUACACUGAGGUAUUAUAAAAUGGAGUCACAGGGAUACACUGAGGUAUUACAAAAUGAACUAACCAAAGUCUCAUGAAGUGAAUUUAGUCUUUUUUUCCAUCCAAUGUUUUACAUAAAUCCAACAACAUGGUGAAAUGUUUUGUUGAUUUCACGUUGAAUUCACGUUAGUCGACAACUUAAAAAGUAGACGUUGAAAUGACGUCUGUGCCUCGUGGGAUGAUCUAACGACACACGUAGCGAACGUUCUUUCUACUCGCUUGUUUGGGAAACACUCUUAAAAAGUUGGUUCGUCAAAAUACCGAUGCAUCUGGUCUCGAUCACCGUAACGCUUCAGUUACAUCGCAAUUAGUGGAAAAAUAAUUCGUGAAUCAGAAUUGGGCUGCCUGUGUAAACGCAGCCUACGUGUGUAAUGAAGCUUUGAGUUUCUCGUGGGUUGUUCUGGUCCGGUCCCCUCGGUUCCUGUAGAGCAGGGAUGGGCAACUGGCGGACCCGCGGGCCUGUUGAGAGUUAGAAUUAUAGAAACACAAAGUGGUGUCAUUUCAAAACGUGGUUGUGCAUCAGCGGUAACUCAAUUAGCCCUGUCAGCUAACAUGUUUUUAGAUUGCUAAAUUACACCAAACCUGUAGUAAUCAUGGUCGAAUUACAGACCCGGGGUGGGGCCCCAGUUAACAUAUUAAAAACGUCAAACAUUUGCCCCCCCUGCCUAUUGCUCAAUGUGUAGAAUUGCAGGACAUUAGCUGUAUAACAGCUAAUUUUUUUCUCUCUGCCCCACGGCGAAAUGAGUAGAAUUGCAUGAAAUGAGUUAUAAAAUUGGAUGUGGGUAUGCAGACCCACGAGCCACUGCGGCCCCUCAUGAUGAGUUCCGUAUUUUUUUUGUGGCCCCCCCCCCCCCCCCCCCCCCCCCCACACCCCCCCCAUCAAAGUUGACCCAUCCCUGCUCUAGAGUCGCGUAUAAGGAGAGACUCCUAGUCCUGAGGUGUUUGUGAUGUGUUGAUCUGGGCCUGUCCCCUCAGUACCUGGAGCGGUCCCUGUGGAGUCCAUCCAGGGCAGUGCUUACGAAGAGAAGAUGAUCCUCAAGUGGAGAGAACCAGCCCAGACCUACGGAAUCAUCACUCAGUAUGAGGUGAGAAGAGUAACUGAUUGAUUUAAUUCAUUGGAUCACGGCAAAAUAUUGUAUCCUUGAAAACACAACACGUCUCUCUCUUCUUAUCCCUCGUCUCUUGUGGUACUGUGCUGCCCAAGAGGGUCUGAAGAUUCUUGGAGAACGACAGGGCUCCUUUUCCUUUACACAUGAUAGUGUCCAUGAAGAGGUUUUUCAUACCCAUCUCAGCCAGCCAAGCCACUGAACUCUAUUGAAUGUUGAAUAAUAGAUAGUCUGUACCAUAAGUACACAGUCAUCUCUGUACACAGUCAUCUCUUUACACAGUCAUCUCUCUAAACAGUCAUCUCUCUACACGGUCAUCUCUCUACACGGUCAUAUUUCCACGAGGUAAUAUAUAUACAGUACCAGUCAAAAGUUUGGACAGACCUACUCAUUCAAGGGUUUUUCUUUAUUUUUUACUAUUUUCUACAUUGUAGAAUAAUAGUGAAGACAUCAAAACGAUGAAAUAACACAUAUGGAAUCAUGUAGUAACCAAAAAAAAGUGUUAAACAAAUCAAAAUAUAUUUUAUAUUUGAGAUUCUACAAAUAGCCACCCUUUGCCUUGAUGACAACUUUGCACACUCUUGGCAUUCUCUCAACCAGAUUCACCUGGAAUGCUUUUCCAACAGUCUUGAAGGAGUUCCCACAUAUGCUUAGCACUUGUUGGGUGCUUUUCCUUCACUCUGUGGUCAGACUCAUCCCAAAGCAUCUCAAUUGGGUUGAGGUUGGGGGAUUGUGGAGGUCAGGUCAUCUGAUGCAGCACUCCAUCACUCUCCUUCUUGGUAAAAUAGCCCUUACACAGCCUGGAGGUGUGUUGGGUCAUUGUCCUGUUGAAAAACAAAUGAUAGUCCCACUAAGCCCAAACCAGAUGGGAUGGCGUAUCGCUGCAGAAUGCUGUGGUAGCCAUGCUGGUUAAGUGUGCCUUGAAUUCUAAAUAAAUCAUAGACAGUGUCACCAGCAAAGCACCCCCACACCAUAACACCUCCUCCUCCAUGCUUUACGGUGGGAAAUACACAUGCGGAGAUCAUCCGUUCACCCACACCGCGUCUCAUAAAGACACAGCGGUUGGAACCAAAAAUCUCAAAUUUGGACUCCAGACCAAAGGACAGGUCUCCACUGGUCUAAUGUCCAUUGCUCGUGUUUCUUGGCCCAAGCAAGUCUUAUUGGUGUCCUUUAGUAGUGGUUUCUUUGCAGCAAUUCGACCAUGAAAAAGGCCUGAUUCACACAGUCCCCUCUGAACAGUUGAUGUUGAGAUGUGUCUGUGACUUGAACUCUGUGAAGCAUUUAUUUGGGCUGCAAUUUCUGAGGCUGGUAACUCUAAUGAACUUAUCCUCUGCAGCAGAGGUAACUCUGGGUCUUCCAUUCCUGUGACGGUCCUCAUGACAGACAGUUUCAUCAUAGAGCUUGAUCGUUUUUGCAACUGCACUUGAAGAAACUUUCAAAGUUCUUGAAAUGUUCCGUAUUGACUGACCUUCAUGUCUUAAAGUAAUGAAGGACUGUAGUUUCUCCUUGCUUAUUUGAGCUGUUCUUGCCAUAUUAUGGACUUGGUCUUUUACCAAAUAGGGCUAUCUUCUGUAUACCCCCCCUACCUUGUCACAACACAACUGAUUGGCUCAAACGCAUUAAGAAGGAAAGAAAUUCCACAAAUUAACUUUUAAGAAGGCACACAUGUUAAUUGAAAUGCAUUCCAGGUGACUACCUCAUGAAGCUGGUUGAGAGAAUACCAAGAGUGUGCAAAGCUGUCAUCAAGGCAAAGGGUGGCUAUUUGAAGAAUCUCAAAUAUAAAAUAUAUUUUGAUUUGUUUAACACUUUUUUUUGGUUACUACAUGAUUCCAUAUGUGUUAUUUCAUAGUUUUGAUGUCUUCACUAUUAUUCUACAAUGUAGAAAAUAGUAAAAAUAAAGAAAAACCCUUGAAUGAGUAGGUGUGUCCAAACUUUUGACUGGUACUGUGUAUAUAUAAUAUAUAUAAGUAGAGAGUAGAGAGAGUAAGAUAGAGAGAGGAGCGAGAGAGAGAGGGAGAGAGAGAGAGAGAGAGAGAGAGACAGAGAGAGAGAGAGAGGAGAGAGAGAGAAGAGAGAAGAGAGAGAGGCAUAUAGGAGAGAGAGAGAGAGAGAGCGAGAGAGGAGACGAGAGGAGCUAAGAGGAAGAGAGAUCUCUCUGAAACCCCUAACCCUAUUUCCUAUAGGUUAACUCUCUCUACAGAUCAUCUCCAUCCAAAGGGUUUAACCUCUCACAAUAUUCCUACUACCACCUCCUUUUUAAAACCGGGCUUGGGCCCCCAAAAAAAAGUGAUGGAUUCGAUUUCCCCUUUUAUUCCCUACGAAGGCCGCGGUGGCAAAUUCCGGGAAAAUUUUUAAAAAUGUAAUUGAUUAAUUUUUAUUAGCUAACUAUAGAGGUAGUUUGUUGUGAUAAUCGUUAGCUAGACCUAAGUGGGCUAGUUCUGUUUGAUAAUGACGUUAGCUGACCUACAGAGGUAGUUUUUUUGUGUUGAGUUAGUAGACCUCUAGUGGCUAGUUUUUGUUGAUAAUGCUUAGUAGCCCACUAGUAGGCUAGUUUGUUGUGAUAAUGACGUUAGCUAGACCUACUAUAGGCUAGUUCUGUUGUGUGAUACAUGACAUUAGCUAGACUACUAGUAGGCUAGUUCGGUUGUGAUAAUGACGUUAGCUAACCUACUAGUUAGGCAGUUCUGUUGUGAUAAUGACGUUAACUAGACCUACUAGUAGGCUAGUUCUGUUGUGUAUGACGUUACUAGCCCUACUAGUAGGCUCAGUUCUGUUGGUGAUAAUGACGUUUAGCUAGACCUACUAGUAGGCUAGUUCUGUUGUGAUAAUGACGUUAGCUAGACCUACUAGUAGGCUAGUUCUGUUGUGAUAAUGACGUUAGCUAGACCUACUAGUAGGCUAGUUCUGUUGUGAUAAUGACGUUAGCUAGACCUACUAGUAGGCUAGUUCUGUUGUGAUAAUGACGUUAGCUAGACCUACUAGUAGGCUAGUUCUGUUGUGAUAAUGACGUUAGCUAUACCUACUAGUAGGCUAGUUCUGUUGUGAUAAUAACGUUGUCCUGUGUCAGAGUUAAAGGCCCGGGCCAUCCACCAAGCCAAUAUUUAUAACGAUAACUAUAAUGAUAAACAAUAGGCUAUACAAGUAUAAAACGUUGGGGAGCAUCCACACUACAGGGAAUGUUAUCGUUCUACAGUCCUACACCGGUCAAUCAACUGAUCAAUGCAUCCUACUACACACAUUAAUGUAAAACCUUCCCUAAAUAUCUACGGUAUAAAUAUACAGAUGUAGGAUCUUAAUUUGAACACCCCGUUGCAGUAGAACUUUCCUGCAAUUCAGGAAAUGUAAAACUUGUAGUGUAUUUCCACUUUGAAAUGUCACACUUGAUUUUCCCUUUAAAAGAUGUAUCAACCCCCCCCCCAAAAAAAGGCCAUUAAUUAUAAUCCACAUAAUAAUUCACAUUAUUUCCUGUUACUGCAGGAUUAUUUUUCCUGCUGUAGCAAACUGGCUCAAAUAAAGGUCCUAUAUCUGUAGGAGGCUAUAGUAUUGACAAAGCAAGCAUGAGUGAUCAGCACUAUCACUAUAAUAACUGCCAUACUGUAUAUAACAUAACAAAGAAUGGGAGGGGUGAGAGAGAGAGCAGAGAGCGGACGAAGCGGAGGCGCGAGCAGAGCAGAAGAGGAGAGAGAGCGCAGCGAGGCGUAGAGAGAGAGAGCGAGAGAGAGCAGGGUAGAGAGCGAGAGCGAGAGGAAGAGAGCGAGCGAGAGAGAGGGAGUAGCGCCGAGAGAAAGAGGAGCGAGCAGAAGAGCGAGAGAGAGAGAGCGAGCGAGCGCGGAGCUCGCGAUCGGCGAGCUAGCUCUCGCUCUCUCGCGAUAUCGAUUGUAUGAGAUAUCUCUCUCGAGCGGUAGCGCUCUCUACUCGUCUUCUUCUCUCUCUAGUAUCUCUUCGGCCCUCUCUCGUCUCUCCUCUCCUAUCUCUUUAUGAUAUAGGAUUUGGCAUCACAGCAGACUCAUUCCACUAGACAAAGACCAAAUAACACACACACAAGCCAGACUCAUUCCACACGCAGUCAAAGACAAAAUGAGAAAAGGCCUCCAAGCAUUUCAGAAACUUAAUGGACACAAAUUAUGCAGCACUCCAAACUGUUCCUUUGUGUAUUGAAAUUGGAAUUAUAAUGAAUGUUUUUCUACUAGGAGGAGAAAGCAGGAACUGUUGUCUUAAAGUGGGGUUUUAUACGUUAUAUAAAAAAUUCAGAAAUGUUGUUGUGUUACAGCAAGAAUUCAAAAUGUAUUAAAAAAUGUUUUUCUCUCACCGAUCGACACACAAUACCCCAUAAUGGCAAAGUGAAAACAUGUUUUUAGCAAAGUUAGCAAAUGUAUUGAAAAUGAAAUACAGAAAUAUCUAACUUACAUAAGUAUUCACACCCCUGAGUCAAUACUUUGUAGAAGCACCUUUGGCAGCGAUUACAGAUUUGAGUAUUUCUGGGUGAGUCUUUAGAACGUUCCACACCUGGAUUGUGCAACAUUUGCCCCAUUGUUCUUUUCUAAAUUCAACAAGCUCUGUCAAAUUGGUUGUUGAUCAUUGCUAGACAAUCAAGUAGAUUUAAGUCAAAACUGUAACUCAACCACUCUGGAAUAUUCACUGUCUUCUUGGUAAGUAACUCCAUUGUAGAUUUGGCCUUGUGUUUUAGGUUGUUGUCCUGCUGAAAGGGUUAAUUCAUCUCCCAGUGUCUGGUGGAAAGCAGACUGAACCAGGUUCUCCUCUAGUCUCCCAGUGUCUGGUGGAAAGCAGACUGAACCAGGUUCUCCUCUAGUCUCCCAGUGUCUGGUGGAAAGCAGACUGAACCAGAUUUUCCGCUAGGAUUUUGCCUGUGCUUAGCUCAAUUCCGUUUAAUUAUAUUUUUUUUUAUCCUGAAAAACUCCCCAGUCCUUAACGAUGACAAGCAUACCCAUAACAUGAUGCAGCCACCACUAUGCUUGAAAAUAUGGAGUGGUACUCAGUAAUGUGUUGUAUUGGAGUUGCUCCAAACAUAAAUAACUUAUAGAGAUGGGGUAGACGUUCAAAAAUCAUGUUAAACACUACUAUUGCAUACUGGUUAAGACAUUUUUUACUCCUGAACUCAUUUAGGCUUGCAAUAACAAAGGGGCUGAAUACUUAUUGACUCAAGACAUUUCAUCUUUAAAUGUUUAAUUAAUUUGUAAACAUUUCGAAAAAAAGAUAAUUCGACUUUGACAUUAUAGAGUAUUGUGUGUGUAGGCCAGUGACAAAAUAACAACAAAAUGUGGAAAAAGUCCAGGGGUGUGAAUACUGAAGGCACUAGAUUUUAAAAGGAUAUUAAGAGGAACACUCACCUCCUUGCUGUAGAUCUGGUGGUUAUUAUUACAUUAAUGGAGGAGGAAUAGAUUAAACUGGUAUUAAUAUUCUGAAACUAAAAGACUACAGAGAGUAAACGGUAAUGAUACUAGAUAAACAACUAGAUUACAGAGAGUAAACGGUAAUGAUACUAGAUAAACAACUAGAUUAUAGAGAGUAAACGGUAAUGAUACUAGAUAAACAACUAGAUUACAGAGAGUAAAACGGUAAUGAUACUAGAUAAACAACUAGAUUACAGAGAGUAAACAGUGAUGAUGCUAGAUAAACAACUAGAUUACAGAGAGUAAACAGUAAUGAUACUAGAUAAACAACUAGAUUACAGAGAGUAAACGGUAAUGAUACUAGAUAAACAACUAGAUUACAGAGAGUAAACAGUGAUGAUGCUAGAUAAACAAUCACAACUCGUUUAGCAGGUUCUGUCUUGCUACUCUUAGCAAUGUAAAUUCUAUGGCAUGUACAUUUUUCCACAUAGUCCCCCUACUAUCUCACACCCAACACAUUGCCAAUUUAUUUCCACAAGGUCCAAACCUCUUGACAAUAUUGCUUGUGUAGUAGAGACUGUCUUUAGAAGUUGACAAUGCCAAUCUCAUUGUCCACAGAUCGUCUACAAGCAGAUUGCAGUCUCUCCAUGUCCAUAUACAGUACACUGUCGAGGUAUAGAAACAGACCUAAAUAAUGAUCAUAUACCCCCUGUCUGUCUGUCUGUCUGUCUGUCUGUCUGUAUGUAUGUAUGUAUGUAUGUAUGUAUGUAUGUCUGUAUGUCUGUAUGUCUGUCUGUCUGUCUGUCUGUCUGUCUGUCUGUUGUCUCUCUGUAUCUCUGUCUGUCUGUCUGUCUGUCUGUCUGUCUGUCUGUCUGUCUGUCUGUCUGUCUCUCUGUAUCUCUGUCUGUCUGUCUGUCUGUCUGUCUGUCUGUCUGUCUGUCUGUCUGUCUGUCUGUCUGUCUGUCUGUCUGUCUGUCUGUCUGUCUGUCUGUCUGUCUGUCUGUCUGUCUGUCUGUCUGUAUGUAUGUCUGUCUGUAUGUCUGUAUGUCUGUCUGUCUGUCUGUCUGUCUGUCUGUCUGUCUGUCUGUAUGUCUGUCUGUCUGUCUGUCUGUCUGUCUGUCUGUAUGUCUGUCUGUCUGUCUGUCUGUCUGUCUGUCUGUCUGUAUGUAUGUAUGUCUGUCUGUAUGUCUGUAUGUCUGUAUGUCUGUAUGUAUGUCUGUCUGUCUGUCUGUCUGUCUGUCUGUCUGUCUGUAUGUCUGUAUGUCUGUAUGUCUGUCUGUAUGUCUGUCUGUCUGUCUGUCUCCAGAUCUCCUACAAGACAGUGAGCUCAUUUGACCCGGAGCUGGAUCUGUCCAACCAGAGUGGGAAGGUCCUGAAACACGCCAACGAGACCAGCCACAUCUUCCUGGGGCUCUACCCAGGAUCCACCUACUCCUUCACCCUCCGAGCCUCCACCGCCAAGGGCUAUGGACCCCCAGUCAUCACGCAGUUCACCACCAAGAUAUCAGGUCAGUCCCUAGCCCCUAGACACCUAGCCCCUAGACACCUAGCUCCUAGCCCCUUAGCUCCUAGCUCCUAGACACUUAGCUCCUAGACACCUAGCUCCUAGCCCCUUAGCUCCUAGCUCCUAGACACUUAGCUCCUAGACACCUAGCUCCUAGCCCCUUAGCUCCUAGCCCCCUAGACACCUAGCUCCUAGACUCCUAGACACCUAGCUCCUUGACACCUAGACACCUAGCUCCUAGACACCUAGACACCUAGCUCCUAGACACCUAGACACCUAGCUCCUAGACACCUAGACACCUAG